CCUCCGAGCUCCCGGAGCGCGCCUUGCGCCCAGGGCUGGGCGGCAGGUGCUUUGCCGCGCAGACUCCCCGGCCGCGGGGACCGGCUUGGGUUUGGCCGGCUCCGGCGGGUGGGAACGCGGUGCGGGUUGCCCACCGGCCACACUGGCUGCCUGGUGCUCCGCGAGGGGCGUGUGCCUGAGCCGCGCAUCCGCGGGCUCCAUGUUCACCGAACUGCGGUCAAAGCUGAGCCCGCCGCGAGCUCGCGCCGGGGCUGUGCGUACAGGCUUCGGGGAGCGCCCGGAUGUGGACGGUGAGCUGGGAUGGACCCAGGCGCAGGAAUAUCCCUCUGCCCAUUUCAGCUUCUGCCAGACCCUCCUAGAGCACACAGUAUCAGCUGAGAACAUACCCUGCCACCUGCCUCGGACACCAGGCACCAGCCUCACGUGGCAUGACUCCCGCAGCCAGAGGGCAUCCAGCAGCAGGCCAAUCAAGCUCCUUCAACAGCCGGGCUCAGAGGCCCCCCAGGCCCGACUGUACUCUGAUCACUAUGGCUUGUACCAUACAAGUCCUUCGCUGGGUGGCCUGACAAGGCCGGUGGUCUUGUGGAGCCAACAAGACGUUUGCAAGUGGCUCAAGAAGCAUUGUCCUCACAACUACCUCGUCUACGUCGAGGCCUUCUCCCAGCAUGCCAUCACUGGCCGAGCUCUGCUUCGACUAAAUGCAGAUAAGCUGCAGAGAAUGGGGUUGACCCAAGAGGCUCAGAGGCAGGAGGUGCUGCAGCAGGUGCUUCACCUGCAGGUUCGUGAGGAGGGGCGGAGCCUGCAGCUGCUCAGCCAAGCUUCCUUCGGAAACAUGUCCUAGCUGCUGCCUAUAUUUGGACCCCAGACCCCAACACUGUGACCAGAGCCCACAGCCAAGAAUGAGUCAGAACUAGCCCUACAGCCGCUUUGGAUCCUGCAGGAUAUCCUAGUGGCUAAACCUAUCCCAGUGAUCAGGGAGGAACAAGACUUACACCUCCCGGUGUCUCUGGAGAGGCACUACAGGCUCUGCCCUGUCACUUGGUGGGUGGUUGCUGCCUGCUCAUAGGCCCUUCUUCUGAGAUCCAAGCCCAGGUCCAUCCCCUGGUGCUGCUGGCAGCAAACAGGGUAGCUGCCUGGAACUAGAGUGGGGUUUGAAUGUCCCAGACUCCCAGGGAGUCUGUUUAUUUAUGCUCCCUCCAACAUGUGACCAUCUCCCAUCUGAGUGGUGAGUCUUCCCCUUAAGUCUUAGUUCUAUGUCUUUCCCAGGUACCCCCAGAUCAGCCACACAGUGGGACAAGCUGUCUUGGCUCUCUUUCAAGUGUAUCUGUCCCCUAGCUCUCCCAGAGUACAGCAGGCCCAAUCUGCUGUCCAUACUAGUGGUGAUCAAUUCAGCUAGGCAUCAUGCCAUGUGCUUCACUCAAUAAUUAUGAAACUUCAGCAUACCCUACCCACUCAUUAGAAGUGAAAUUGAGAGGGGUCCAAGAUGCUCAAGCUGCAAAGCCAGUAUAUGGCACAGAUUCCAGUGCUGUAUAGGUGACUCUAUGCACAGCUCACCAGUUCAGCAAUGUUCUCAAUCUUACCUUUGAAGAAGUCAUGCUUUUAAACAGCUUCCCUAUUCCCUGGCUUUAGAGACCAUAUUGAAGAAUGUCUGCCUGCCUUUCUGUCUGUCUGUCUGUCUGUCUGUAAGAGUGUAUGUGUGUCCACCUCUGUGGCUUUCCCAAGAAAACCUGUUCUCAACCGAGAAAGUCAUGUAGGGCAGUUCUUUCAUAUGUCACUAGAUACCUGGACAGCCCCUCCUUGGUUAUUUGGGGGUUGUUGCUGCCAGAAGGAGAACAAUGAGGAUGACCCUGGCAUCUCACUCUCACUCUGCUCUCUACCAACUUUCCCAGGGACUCUAAAAUCUCAGGGACAGUUGAGGCUCAGCCUCCAGUCCCCUCUGUGUGCCAAGAGCUGGCCUCAAUUCAAGGUUGCUCAUUACAGUUAAUUUGGGCCAUUGGCCUGGCAUCUUCCAUCCUGUAUGCCCUCCAUCCAUGGAAGGGCUCCCUUAUUGUGUUUGCCUGCCUCUAGAAUCCCCCAGUCCUGGUACCUGCAACCAAAAGAAGGCCCUCUCUGCCCCUUCUCUCUCUGUCUUUUCUUCCCUAUGCUCCUGUCCUGUCUUCCUUGGUUUUUGGUCACUUUUUUAUACUCGGACCAAAACAAAAAAUAAAAACAAAAUCAGAAAUAAAUCUGGUUCUCAAAUGCCAUCAGCGUUGGAUCUCUGGGGAGUAAAGAGCUGUCUAGGACAGUGCCUGCAGAUGAACCACUAGAGGGCAGAGGUGUUGUAUCCUGGGAAAGCUACUUGGUAACUCCAGGACAUCAGAACAAGAUGUCUCAAGUAAAAAAAUAAAAAAUAAAAAAAAUAAAA